GUUUAACUGAGUUUAACAGCUGGUAAGGGAGAGAGAGAGAGAGUGAGAGAGAGAGAGGGGAAAAAGAGGAGGAGAGCUCAAAAGAGCAGGACAGACAGAUUCAGAAGGGAAGGAAUACAGUCAGCGACAAGAGGGAAUUUCGUUGGCAUAAAAGUUCUGCUGGUGGUGGUGUGGAGACCACAACAGCGCUGUGCAUUCGGGCUGCUGUAGGGAGGUGAGGGGGAGCACAGGUCGGCCAGCCAGAGGGAAGCCGGUGGAUAUUUUUUAAGAGAGCACUUCUCUGACACUCACAACAGGAUGAGUGCUGUCCCGCUCCUAACCCGCUUUAUUCAGUCAUAGACAUUUGCUAACCAGGAGAUCGCGGAAGAGAGAGAGAGAGAGAGAGAGAGACAGUGUCCACGACCGUCAUCAGGAGCGAAUGAGAAGAGAGGGUCUGUAACGCUGGAGCUCAAGGACAAGCCAUGGACUCUGCACACCUCCCACUUCACCUGGACAUCCAACAUGUUCUCUGCUAGCCUACUUCUUCUGAUGAUCCUGCUGCUACCUCACGCCUUAUCAGGUCGCCAGGAGGGUCCCAGUCAGACUAAUGGAAACCUGGUCACCUCUCUGGAGCCCAGUUUGGCCCACACCAUUCAGAAGCUUCUGCUGACCCGCCUGGGUCUACAGUCACACCCCAACCCCAGUCCGCAGGCGCGGGUGCCGCAGUACCUUCUAGACUUGUAUCGAUUUCACACUCAGCAGUACCAUCUUAUUGAAGAGCCGGCAUUUAGCUACCCCUCCCAGCAUGUGCAAGGAGCCAACACGGUCCGAUGCUUUCACCACACAGAGUCAACAGAUCUACAGAGUACUACAGAAGAGAAGAAUGGACCGGUUGACAGCAUUCAUAUCGGCUUCAAUCUCUCUUCCAUUCCAUCAGAUGAAAGCGUUGUGUCGGCAGAGCUACGCAUCAUACACGAAGGAUCGCACGGAAGUUCUCACGUGGUCAAUCUUUAUCUCUCCAGCGUUGACCCUGCGUCGAAUGCCAAACUCCUCUAUUCACGUCGAUUGACCAGAGAUAAAAACACACCCGGACUCUGGGAAACAUUCCACCUCCAUGGAGAUGUUUUCAAGAGCAUAUCUAAAAAGUCAGGGAGCCUGUCUUUCGUUCUGGAUGUUGUCGCAGACAACAGCAGCCUUCUGACAGAGAGACAUCUGCGUGUGCUCAGGUCAGCGGAGCAGGAUGAGCCCAGUUGGGCGAAUCAGAGACCCCUACUGGUAACUUACAGUCACGAUGGCCGCAGCAAACCGUUUGCAUCCCUCAAAAAGAGGACCCCCACAGGCAGAAAAGGCAGGGGCAGAUGGACUGGGGGCAGGUUUAGGGCUAACAGAGGUCAGGGCUCGGAUGCAGACUGGCAGGGGGGAUGGAAUGAAAGACGGGUGAAACGCAAUGGAGGGAGGGCGGCGAAGCUCAAACGCCUCUCCCGGGCACGCUGCCGUCGACACCCGCUGUAUGUGGACUUCAAAGACGUAGGCUGGAAUAAAUGGAUCGUGGCGCCGUCCGGUUACGAUGCUUUCUUUUGUCUCGGAGAGUGCCGCUUCCCACUGGCUGACCAUAUGAAUUCUUCCAGCCAUGCUAUGGUCCAGACGCUGGUGAACUCUGUGAACGGAGCCGUGCCGCGGGCCUGCUGCGUGCCCACCUCCCUCAGCCCUAUUGCGCUCCUCUACCUGGACCAGGAGGAACGUGUGGUGUUAAAAAACUACGAAGACAUGGUGGUGGAGGGGUGCGGUUGUCGAUAGCAAAACACACUUAUGGAAUAAAUGAGCGAGAGAGGGAGGAAUUUGAAAACAAUGGUAUUUAAAAGCAGAUUAAAAGGAGAAGUUAAAGGGAUAGUUCAGCCCCCCCCUAAAAAAAUGUUGUCAUCAUUUAUUCAUUCUCAUGUCAGUCAAAAUACGAUUCUUUCUUCUAUGGAACACAAAAGAAGAUAUUUUGAGAAACGUCUCUGUGGUUUUUGUGUCUGUACAAUGAAAGUCAAUGAUUAUCAACAUUCUUCUAAAUAUCGUCUUUUGUGUUUUGCAGAAGAAAGAAAGACAUACAGAUUUUAAACAACAUGCAGAGGAGUAAAUAUUUUUCAUUUUUGGGUGAACUAUCCCUUUAAGAAAGAUAAAGAAUAAAGUGAGUUGGAAAGAGAAGUGAAAGAAAGCGAGGUAAAACUGUUAUAUUGUCAAGGAAAAUAUCUUCAGGAAUGCUCUAGGUUCUGCUCCAUAUGUUAAAUAUGUCAACUGUCUCAUUUGUCCAAAAAUACAUUUAAAUUCAACAAAUAGUGACAAAUUGUGUCAUUAUAUCUUAUACCACAAAUGGUGUCGAUUGAGCAUAACUUGCAUUGAACCCAGAGCAUUCCUUUAACACGAGCAUCUUCCCAUAAUCCUUUGGAACCAGCUUUGUCUUCGAAUGUCCAGUGACGCAUCAUAUCUGUGUGAACUGUGACCUAAAAGCACUGCAGUCCAACCGUAACGUUUCCGUCUUCUGUAACAUACUCAAGCUGUCUUGUAGGCGUCCAGUCGCUAUGUUCCUGUUGUUGUGUCUUUCCUGUACUGUUUUGUGCGUCCUUCCCUCAUGAACACCAUAUCUUUGACAACUCCAUGGGACCAAGAAAUGACCACAGACUAGAGCGUUUGUGUCGAGAAACCAAGCAGAGACAAUAAGAGUGACAUUUUACUGCUGCGGAUUGGACUCUUCAUCCCUGGUUGCAAAAUAAACUGUAAAGCAUGUGCUGUGACAGAGGCAUUAACUCAUUGCAGGCACUUCUCAUUAUGAGCUAUUUAAAAAAAAUCAUGACACCGAGAAAUUAUUAUGUCAUUGUUUGAAUGUGCUAUUAUUUAUGGUUACCUGUAAUUUUUAUUUACGGUGCAGUCUAAAGAAAAGUUUGCAAAACAAAUACUUCUGUGGUAGUUAUGUAAAUCUAAUUUAAAAUAAAUGCAUCUAUAUAUCUAUUUAAGCAAAACAAAAUAUGUAAUAUUUAAUCUUGACAUUACUGCAGAUAUUCAGUACAAAUAACAGAACACCUUAUAGAUCCAUUUAAAGCCAGUCAAAACUGGUAUUGCUCACCUAUUAUUAUUUGUAAAUCCACAGCACUGACUCAUGGCAGCUUUAUAUCGGCAUUGAUUUAUCUAUGGGCUUACGAUUUAGAAGCUUUGUGAAACAAAGAACGUUGUCAAAACAUUCCACAAUACGUGCCAAAUGUUAUGUGCCAUACAUGUGCAAGCUUGGUAUUCUACAUAACUUUGUGACAAGUGUCUUGUUUGUCAUCAUGUAGUUAUCACAGCAUUGAUCAAGCUGUUUGCAUAUAAGGAGAUGAAAAAUUAAAGAUGAACAAAGCUUAGUCUACGUUUAAGCUUAUUCCAAUGUUCUGACAUGAAUAGCUGAUUAUAUUUUACCACUGUGAUGCUGUACAUGCAGAAUUUAAACAAAAGCUUUGAGAAUGUGCGACGGUAUCUCGAGCCAUUGCGUUGAAAUGUGUAAUAAUAAAUUGCAAACGAA